AUGAAGUAUCUCGGCCUCAUCAUCGCAGCAUUGCUGCCUAUCACCCCUCUGGCCGCACCUCACCGUCGCUGCGGACCCGUCGAAGAGUUCUAUAAUCCCAGACGCGAGGACUGGAUCAAACACAACACUGACGGCUGGUUCCAUCAAUGGAUCGAGGAGGUCUGGACCAACCCUAACACCUCAGAUCAACGGAAUUCUCUAGGUCUCUCAGCGACUUUGGGUCAGUGGGCGCUCGGAGACGACCGCUGGACGUGCAAGGACGAUGGUUCAACCAACAACUGCGACCUGAACGUCUGCGACAACCGUGUCCUCAAUGGAAAGGGCGCGUCCACUCGCAACGCUUACUACACCUUGAGAGCCAUUAGCAACCUUCAUAACUACUUCUUGGGCGUUGGCCAGGCUUUCGAGACCAGCGUCGUGUCUGCUGCUUUUGCCAAAGAUUCUUGGGCUUCGCUAUUCUACGAUGGAGAUGGCGGCAAGGAUGCUACGUAUCUAAAGGAGAUCCUCAACGUUGUUGCCACACUCUUUGGCGUUGCUGGUGGAUUAGCUGCUCUGGGAACCCAGGCAACUGCUGCUACGGGUGCUGUCGCAGCCUCUUUGGUCGCCGGCUCGAUGACUUCUACCUAUCAUGCAGUCAACCCAGAGGACGAAAGCUUCCAGAUCAGUGCUGAGCUCGGCGAGGCCCUGGGUCAGCUAACGCUGGACUGGGCCAACUCGCGUAUCAGGGGCAACAAUGAACUCAUGGAUGGCAGAACCUUUGGCGAUAUGUACCUCGACACUUGGCUCAAAGAUGGUUUCUGGGUAGAUUUCACCGGCGUCGAUAAAGCCACUCUUUCUGAAAACACGUUUACUGCACUCAAAGCCAUCGCAAUCAAUAGCAUCUGGAGAAAGCAGCGUGUAUUCAUCGUUGGUGGCGGCUCUUGCGGUGAUGGAGAGGGAGUCGGUCAGGGUACCUCCGAACAGUUUAAUGGACGAUACAUGCUCUGCGAAGAUGGCAAGGCGUGGUACUUGUAUUAUUGGCAAGAGAAUGACUUGCACACAUUCUGGGGCUGGACUGCUCCACCAUGGGGAGGCGACCGUCUCGGUGCUGGCGCCUUUGAAGGCAUUACACCGCAGGACGUGAUCCGAUCCUCUAUCAAAUCCCACCGCGCCGGUGGCUACGACUACUCCGCUGAAACGUUCUCAUCCCGCAUGACAGAAGCCUACAAAAACGGCAACAAUCCUUUCUCUGAAGGUCCCUCCAUGGAGGGAAUCUGGACUAUCCCUGUCUGCGACGUCUCUGCGGCCAUCGAAAACGACUACUGCCCCAACAAGCAAUAUAUCCUGCAGCCAUUUGGCAGCGACAAGCGGCAGGUGUGGUGCUGCCCGAUCUGCGAGGGCGAUAUGCAAAAGAGUCUGAUCUUCAUGGAUCGUGCGCAUUUGUCUGAUACAGAUGAUCCCGUGUAUGGAUGUCCAUGCCCAGUGGGCAAGGAGUGUGGGAAUGCAGAGAAGACCUGGAGGGCCUUGGAGGGGGAGAAGAUCCCCAGUGAUUGGCAGCGUGAUCGUCCAAACGGUCCAAAGGACGUUUAG